AUGUAUGCAAAUGAUAAAUGCUAUAUUAAUACAUCUGGUAACAUACAAACUAGAAUAAGAAGGACAUCAGCUAAAAGGCAGUCGAUUAACGUUCUUAAAUCGGAGGAAAAAGAAUUAUCAAGUGAUUUAUAUAGUUUUAACAUUGGAGUUGGUUGUCCUAAUAAUAAUGCAGCAAUUAAGCCUGUUACUAGUAGUGUGAUUUUGCAAUUACCUGUGGCUUUGCAAUCUUUUUCAUCACAACCAAAUUUUUCUUUACAAUCACCUGUAACGACUUCAGAAAAAGAGGAACUUGAAAUGAAUGAACUAAGAAAUGAAAGGGAUUCUUUAAAAAUAAAAAAUAUUGAGUUGAAAUUAACUGUAUUCCUAUUUUCUUUAGAAGCCUUGAAGCAAAAUCCUUCAUUUUGCAUGAUGCUGACUGAAUUAAAUUAUAAAGUGUUGUAAAAAAUAUUAGUUUAUAUUUGUGAAAAUACAUUUGAGUCUGGAAAACCAACAAAACUUAACAAACAUGAUCAGGUUAUUAUUACCAUAAUCAAGUUGAAGCAAAAUUUAAAUUUUGAUUUGAUUGCAUACCUUUCUAAUGUUAGUAAAACAACCAUUAUUGAAUAUUUUUAUAAAUGGCUCGCUACGAUGUAUUCGAAACUCAACUUUCUCAUAAAAAUGCAAGAUCGAGAUAACAUAUACAAUACAAUUCCUGGCAUUUUUAAAGCAAAAUUUCUACGUUUAACAUCUAUAAUUGAUUGCUUUGAAACAUUUGUUAAAGCAUCAUCUAUUUUAGCAAGGGCUCAGUUUUACAGUCAAUACAAAAAACAUUGCACAAUCAAAGUAUUAAUUUCCUGUACUCUUACAGGUGCUAUAAAUUUUUUGUCAAAGUGUUAUGGAGGUAGAGCUUUAGACUUACAAAUUGCACGUGAAUCUAAAUUUGUAAGUAAACACAUGCCAGGAGACCAAAUCUUAGCAGAUCGUGAAUUCACUCUUCAAGAUGAUUUUGUUGCAGGGAGUUCUGCUGAGUUGUUAAUUCCGGCAUUUAGAAGUAGAAACAUCAAGAAAAAUUGCCUCUGUUAAAAACCAUAUUGAACACCUAAUAGGAUUGAUGAAAAGCAGGUACGCUAUAUUGAAAGGUGUCAUACCAUUGAAAAUAAUAAAAAAUAUUAAAGAUGAGACUGCAAACUGUAUUUUGGCAAACUGUGAUAAAAUAGUUACUGUGUGUGCUGCUCUGACAAAUUUAGGAGAAAGCGUUAUAAAUAAUAUGUAAAUAUGAC